GUGAACAACAGCAUAAGAAUGUUGCAGUAGGUGGUGAAAGCAUGGACAGAAUGGAAACAUUUGAUCUCUGUGUCAGGUUAAGGGAAGAUCUGUUUUCAAUGUUAGCAGAGCGUUUGUACAGAGAUAUAGAAGAUAUGGAAUUGUAUGACGUUUUUAGGAAUGAUACGUUGAAAGAGACUAUGAUUUGUCAAGAGUUACUUAAGGUAUUAAUGACAAAGUCUUACACAGAGCUGAAAUCUUUAUUUCUAUCAGUACAGAAAGACGUUUCUAAGGUCGCGAGAAAUGGAGAACGUGUGAAGAAUGAGAAUGAGGAGAGGGGGAAGAUUAUUAGAGACCCGCGCAGGCAGGAGGUGCUAGCUGAUGAGAAACAUAUAAGAGUUAUCAGUUGGGUUGUUUACUAUGGACAUAGUCGGAUUCUACAGUAUAUUUUAGAUCAAACAGAACUACACAAUGAAACAAAGACUGAAUUAUUUAAGAAUUGCUUUAAUGCUAAUUUCACCUAUUUCACAAAUGAUGGGGAAAACAAUCAGUGUGUACCAGAAAUGUACCACUUGUUAGUACUGAGUUGUUACAGUGGUGAUUUAGAGACUGUUAAAAUAUUUAUCAAAUAUUUCAAUACAAAUGCAAUGAACAUAAACAUGUUAAAUUUAUACUUUGAUAAUAUAUUUAUUGACACAUCACUUACUGCAGCAUGUGCAUGUGGAUAUUUGAGUAUAGUAAAAGAACUGCUACAGGCAGGGGCUGAUGUCAAUAUACAAGGUCAGAAUGAUACGCCACUAACAGCAGCAUGUGGGGCUGGACAUAAUACUAUCUUGAAGGAGCUACUAGAGGCAGGAGCUGAUAUCAACCUACAAGGUAAAUAUCAUUCACCUCUGACAGCAGCUUGUGAGGGUGGGCAUAUGAGUGUAAUGGAAAAGCUAUUGCAGAAAGGUGUGGAUGUCAAUUUACAGGGUUUCUAUGAUACACCACUGACAGCAGCAUGCUUUAAUGGACAUUUGAGUGUAGUGAAGAAGCUGCUAGAGGCAGAGGCUGAUGUCAAUCUACAAGGUAUAUAUCAUUCACCACUGAUAGCUGCAUGUAAGAGUGGACAUAUGAGUGUAGUGAAAGAGCUGAUAAAGGCUAAUGUUGAUGUCAAUCUAAAGGGAGAGGAUGAUACACCACUGAUAGCAGCAUGUAAGGGUGGACAUAUAGGUGUAGUGAAGGAACUGCUAGGGUCGGGAGCUGAUGUCAAUCCACAAGAUAUAUUUGAAACACCACUCACAGCAGCAUGUGAAGGUGGACAUUUGGAUUUAGUUAAAGAACUGCUAAAGACUAGAGCUUAUGUCAAUCCACAAGGUACAUAUGACACACCACUGACAGCAGCAUGUAGAGAGGGGCAUACAAGUGUAGUGAAGGAACUGCUACAUAAUGGGGCUGAUGUCAAUCUGCGAAGUGAGAAUGAUACACCACUCAGAGCGGCAUGUGCAACUGGAGAGAUGCAUCUUGUAAAAGAAUUGCUGGAGGCGGGAGCGGUUGUCAAUCCGGAAGGUAUAUUUGAAACACCACUGAUAGCAGCAUGUGAAGGUGGACAUGAGGAUAUUGUGAAGGUCCUGCUAGAGGCAGGAGCUAGUGUAAAUAUGCUGGACUCAGAAGGAAGAACUCCUUUAUAUGCAUUUGUUUUCAAUAAUACUGAAAGGCUCAUAGCUGUUGUACAGACGCUGCAUAAUUUUGGUGCAGACGCAACUAUCAGUGGAAAUGAAGGUUUUUCAGCAUUGUACAUUGCAUUAGUUCAAAUCAAAAUUGAUGUUGUAAAACAUUUGUUACAAACUGAAACUGGAACUCAGUUGAAUACACUGAAGCGACAUUUAUUUGAAUGUUUGGUAAACAUAAGGCACAGUGACGUGAUAACUGAUAGUAAAGAUGAUGUAGUGAGGACGCAGAAACGUGUGUGGCAUAUGGAUACAUGGGGGGAUUUUUAUCAAACAGUUGGAAAUGGAAAAUGUGACAUACUGAAACAUAUCUUAUGUUUGGGUAUGGAUUCCAAUCAGUGUAUUCAGCUGAGCUCUAAUGAUAUUAAAUCUAAUGAGAGACCUUUGCUAUUUAUUCUUAUUGAUGAGGGAGAUAUCGAUGAUAGAGAAGAGAAAGUAAGGAUCCUUCUGGAGGCAGGGGUGGAUGUCAAUAUCAGGGUUGAGUAUAGAGUGUAUGACACUGCUUUAGACAGAGAACAUGUGUCUGGUGAGUCUAUGGAUACGUCUAGUGAUAAGUCUAGUGAUGACGAACAGGACGAAGGAACAGAGUCUGUGUGUAUGAAGUCGAUUGAUGAGGAAGAGAAACAAGACUUUGAUACAAAGUCUGUAUUGAAAAGGGAGAAAGUGUCUGUUCUGGAGAGGACAAGACGAAUGAUAAAUGAGUUCAGAAAGGACUGGUGGCAGGAAAGUAAGGUUUCUGAGUACAAGAGAGUGCUAAUUGAGAUAAAGAAACGUAUAAGACGAUACUCUGUAUGACAAGAGUGUAAAAUGUUAAAUACACUGAACAUAUAUGUACUUUAAAAUAUAACAUUGGUGUUAUAUAUGCAUUGAUCUGGAGUUCUAUAUUGUAAAGAUUACAUAUGUAUCUCCAACAAAAGUUAAACAAUGUUUACAAUUAAUUCUGACAGCUGCUAAUUGGCAGCCCGUAGUUGUUUAUAUUGAAAGCACUGACUCUGCUUUAUAUUUGAAAGUCUGUGAAACUCUUGUGU